GCGUCCUGAAAUAUUUAUUGACGUUUUCUUUAAAUAAAAUUGACGUCACCGUUUUGAAUUGAUUUACCGCGUGCCUUCCACAUUAACACUAUUAAGUAGUGCAUUUGUCAGUUUCAAUUCAUGGUGGCGCGCAUUUGGAGCAGAAUUCGAUCCAUAUUCUCUCUUCAGCUUUUGAUAGUUUUUGAGUCUCUUAGCACCUCAUCAAUAUGCCUCAGAUUCAAUAUUCCGAGAAGUACAAUGAUGAUGUUUAUGAGUACAGGCAUGUGGUUCUUCCCCCAGAUGUUGCUAAAUUGCUUCCAAAGAAUCAGCUGCUUUCAGAGACUGAAUGGCGAGCUAUCGGAGUGCAGCAGUCUCGGGGUUGGGUGCACUAUGCCAUUCAUCGUCCUGAGCCUCACAUUAUGUUAUUUCGGAGGCCCUUGAAUUAUCAGCAAAAUCAACAGCAACAGAAUGGUGUUCAGUCUCAACCAAUGGGCAUGAAGGCUCAGUAAGUCUCACAAGGAGUGUUAAAACAUCUCGAAGAGGCUUCUUUUUAAGCGAGGAUAAUGAUAUGCCUAGGACUGAGUGUAUGAGUAAUUUUCUAGAAACCUUGAUGACAGAUAAAGGCAAAUAAUGCUGUUCUUGAAGUUCCCAUUUUCUAUGUUAGUUAUAACCAUCUAGGUAAGCUUGUGAGAGGUUUCAUUUCUGUAGUUGACAGUGAUUGUCUAGCUUUCAUUCCUCAGUUUAGUGGUUAUUGUUGCUUGUAAACUGGUAAAGUAUAUUCUGGCUUUGUGAAAUAUUUGGAAAACUUAUUGUAAACAUUUGCACACGAACUAUUAAGUUUGACACUUCUAUCA